CCGACUCUAGACUCUGCUUUUACAUCCAUCACACCCACACACUAUCGUUCCUCUGGCGUCGUGCGAGGUCCAAUGAUAAGAUUUCUUCCUCUCUUUUUUACCCUUUGUCGCGCUGUCUCACCUCUGACUCUCGGCAGGAUUGAGUGGGAAGGUGUGGAUGCGAUGCUCUACACACACGCGCGUACGCCGGGCUUCUUGCUCUUCUGCCUGCUGCCUGCUGCCUCUGUUUACCCGUUUGGGGCAGGUGGUAAGUAUAGUAAAUAUACUAACCUUGACAUUAUCAUCCGUCGUCCGUCGCUCAUCAUCAUCAUCAUCAUCUUCGCAGUAGCAGCGGGUCCCUCGUUCUUGACACCAAAAUAAGCAGUUGGUCAGCUAGUCUGUUAUGCCAGUCACCAUGUCAGACUGAUGCAUUUCUCUAUUCUUGCGACAAAACGAGCGAACGGGUGCGGUGCGGGCUACGAUGCUGUGCACGGCCAAGGAUCGGGAUUGUAGAUCGGACGAACUCAUAUCACAAACAUGCAGUCAGCAAAGCCAGCAAGCCAGCAAAUAUUCUCAUCACUCGCCAUAGACCAUCUAUAGUUUUCUUUUCUUUCGCAUGACCGCAUACAUGAGCAUGUGUGUGAGUGUGUAUGCAGCAUGCCCAAGUCUGGCUAAUUUUGUUUCAGGAAAAUGCGGCACCCUGCUUGUUUCCAUGUUUCGCGCGUUCUUCUUUCUUGGGGAUGCGUUUCUGAUGCUCUUAUUUCCCUAUUCGCUGCUUUCCUGCUGCACGCGAGGUGCUUUGCAUGUGCCCCAAUCUAGCCCACAUGUAUGUGCAGAGGAUAUGGUUGGAAGCCAGGCUGUCUUUUUGGCUGUGGCAGUGUGGCAAGUGGCAGUGAACAAGUGGCCUACACUGCACUGCAGCGCGCUCGCCGAACCGCAAGUCGCAUAUGCCAAUAUCCAAUAG